AUGAGAAAGCCUUACCAGCGCCCAACUGCCCAAGUGCCAAAUGUUGUGAGGGGAGCAGCCCCUGUUUCAAAGGAGGACGUGACCUGCUACAAGUGUAACGAGAAGGGACACUAUGCCAACGAGUGUGGCAAGGAGAUUGUAUGCUGGCGAUGCCGGAAGCCAGGUCAUGUGGAGAGGAAUUGCCCGAGUGCGGCCAGGACCGAGCCAGUGCUGAAUACUGCCAGAGGGAGACGACCAUCUGCUCCAGGUCGUGUCUUUGCUAUUUCAGGAGAACAGGCUGCUGUUACUGAUGACCUUAUCCAGGGUACGUGUCUUAUUGCUGGAACAUCACUAAUGGUUUUAUUUGAUUCGGGUGCUACACACUCAUUCAUUGCUGAGGAUUGUGUGAAGAAGCUAGGGCUACUGACUGCUGAUCUACCCUUCGAUCUGGUGGUGACAACCCCUGCCGCUGAUCGACUAGUUACACGCACGGCAUGCUUGCAAUGUCCGUUGGUUUACGAGGAUCGGAAGUUCUUUGCGAACCUCGUCUGUUUAGGGCUCAAAGAGCUGGAUGUGAUCUUGGGAAUGGAUUGGUUAGCGCAAUAUCACGUGCUCUUAGAUUGUGCUAACAAGGCGGUAGUAUUCCCAGAUCCCGGCGUUACGGAUUACUUAAACUCGUACAGCCUGGGGAAGGGUUCACCGGCGUAUGUGAACUCUAUCGUUGCCGAAGCAAAACAUGAUGGUGAUGUGCGCAAUAUCUUGGUGGUACAGGAGUAUGUCGAUGUGUUUCCCGAAGACGUGCCCGGUUUGCCACCAGUCAGAGAGACGGAGUUCUCUAUUGACAUUGUGCCCGGUAUUGGACCAAUAUCGAUGGCACCUUAUCGUAUGGCCCCAGCGGAGUUUGUAGAGUUGGCAAAGCAGUUGGAUGAUCUCUCCUCAAAGGGAUUCAUUCAACCUAGCGUAUCGCCAUGGGGUGCACCUGUGCUAUUGAAGGUUCUUAGGCUGAAUGGAGCAUUAUGGGCCAAGGAAGGCUGA